AUGACGGUCUUCAUUGCGUCGUUGUUCCUCCCAUACACUAUUAGUUUCAAAGCAACGAGAACCAGACAGGAAAAACCAGAGAUCUCAUCUAGCCAUGCACAUGUCGAUGGUCCUGGAUCUAUUUUUGGUUACCCGUCGGAUAGUCAUCCUCAAAUUGCUUCCAUGGGCUCUCUCCCUUUGACACCUGGAGCCACGACAGCACACGAGACGAUAUUCAAAGGUUAUACCUGGAAAGUAUCAGAUGAGAUUCCAAUUGCCAAUGAUCGAAUGUUACAUGGCCCUAGCGAGCCACGUGCCAUUCCUUGGGGCCGUAGUCGGAGAUUUAACCAGCCGCGAUCCAGAGCAACUGGCCCGCCAACGCCGUCCAAUCUGAGCAGCCGAGGACGACAACAGAGCCAGAGAAGAACUUUGUCCCUGGAUGGAACACAGGAUUUAUACGGUAUGAAAAACUAUGGCAGUCCACGGGUCUCCCUCCCUGCCACUGAAUGGGUAGUCAAGGCCGCUGAGCAAGGCCACGGAGGUCUAUACAAUGCUAUCCAUGCUGCUGAAAAAUCAAGCUUGCUCGAUGAAAAGAUGUGGGUGGGAACUCUCGGCAUGCCCACCGAUACAUUGGCAGAUGCUACCAGGGCAGAAGUAGCUGCGGCACUCGAGGAUGGGUAUGACUCCUUGGCUGUAGUUGUGAGUGACAAUGAGUUUGAGGGCCAUUACACCCAUUACUGUCGUGCGGUACUUUGGCCAGCUCUCCAUUACCAGAUACAAGAUGGUCCUCGGCAUACUGAAUACGAUGGUUACUCUUGGGUUCAAUAUCUCAAGCUCAACCAGGCAUUCGCGGAAACAAUCAUUGAGCACUGGAAGCCAGGUGACAAGAUAUGGGUUCAUGACUAUCACCUAUUGAUUCUCCCUGGUAUUUUGAGAGAAAGGCUGCCCCAGGCUGAGAUUGGAUUCUUUUUGCACACUCCGUUUCCUUCCUCUGAAAUCUUCCGAUGUUUGGCUAAACGUGACCAGCUGUUAGAUGGACUUCUAGGCGCCGAUUUGGUUGGAUUUCAGACAGAGGAAUAUUGCAAUCACUUUCUUCAAUCCUGCAGUCGGCUGCGAAGAUUGGAGGUCUCCGCCACUCAAGUCUAUCUCAAUAGCCGUUUCGUCAGUGUUUUGUCUUAUCCAAUGGGAAUUGACACCAUGUCACUUCGGCUUUUACGCCAAUCCACUGAGGUGAAAGGUUGGAUACACAGUAUCAAUCUUAAUUAUCAUGGAAAACAUCUCAUCGUCGCACGAGACCGCUUAGAUGCACCUGGAGGGAUCAAACAAAAGCUUUUGGCAUAUGAACUUUUUCUGGAGACCCAUCCAGUGUGGAGAGAGCACGUUGUCUUAAUUCAAGUGAUGUCUUCUUCAUCCGAAACACCAGAGCUAGAGUCACAGGUGUCGAAAAUUGCACUGAGGAUAAAUGCAACAUAUGCGAAUAUCACCCACCAGCCCUUGGUGCUCCUACAACAAGACAUCUGUCACUCACAAUUCAUCGCGCUUCUCAGUGUUGCUGAUAUUUUUAUGGCCACCAAUCUGCGUGAAGGAAUGAACUUGACUAGCCAUGAUUUUAUUCAUUGUCAAGAUGGAGCUCUCACUUCCCACCAACAUGGCUCACUGAUUUUGAGUGAAUUUGUGGGUAGCGCCUCCGUCUUCUGCGGUCAUAAUCUUCUAGUCAAUCCAUGGGAUUAUAAGCAAUGUGCUGAUGCAAUCAGAACCGCACUCGAAAUGUCACCAAUGGACCAAAAGCGUAAUUGGGAUUUUCUGUUAGAUUGUCAAUCUCGCUACAAUGCUGUUGAAUGGCACAAGAGCCUGCAAUACUCCCUCACAAGAGCCUGCACUCUUCAAACAGUGCGUCGGCCAAACCGCAUCUCUCCUCUUUCAUUUCAUGAAUUGAGAAUUUCAUAUCUCGCCGCCAGAACUCGGAUCUUCUUUUUGAGCGAUGAUACGAUUUUUGGACCAGAUCUCGGUACAGAGGGAUUUGUCGUCUCAACAAAAGCAUUUGCAUCUCUAUACGCCCUCAUCGAAGACCGCAACAACAUCUUAUACAUACUCAGUAAUCGAAGCGUAGAACAGCUCCAAAAGUCCCUUCAAAAUAUUCCCGAGGAGCUUGGAUUCAUCGUCGAAAAUGGCUGUUUCCUAAAAGAACCUGACAUGGCAAUUUGGAUCCCAUUCGUACCCAGAAGCACCAUGAGAUGGCGUCCUGGUAUCCAAAAGAUGAUGGAAUAUUUCAACGAGCGAACCGAAGGCAGUACGAUCGAAGAGCGCCGCUGCUCCUUAACAUUCCAUUACAACGGCGCACAAGACCCCGAAGUAGCCGCUCGCCAGGCCUCGGAACUAGCAGAUCAGAUCAACGGUGCUCGUGGACGAGCGGAUUUCCACGUCGUCCGUGAGCCAACAUCUGUGAAGGUUGAGCCACCGCAUGCUUCCCUUGGAACUGGAAGAGCUGCCGGCUAUGUUCUGGACCAUCUCCCAAACGCUCGAUAUCCCGAGUUUAUAUUCGCAGUUGGGAGCUCGCGUAGCGACGAGGCACUGUUUCGAUGGGCGCAUGAACUGGCCGAUGCUCCAGUUGCGGCUCGUUUUGACUUGUGUCCAUUUGGGAAACGACUCGAGGUCAUUACCGUGACAACCGGCACGCAUGCUACCGAGGCGAGGGCUGUAUUGCCGCCUAAUUGUUCGCUUGUGGAUACUUUGGACGUACUGUCUGGUCUCGCGUUCAGAGAUAACAAUAAAUAG